CAACUUCAGAGCUGCAUGCAUUCCUUAAACGGGGCACCCGGGACGUCAUCCGAUCUCACAUCCUCCAUCCUAUCUUUAACCUCAUCACCCCUCCCUUCAACCUCACUCAUCCUCAACUCACUCCGUCCGCAAGAUCAACACAUCCGCAGAUCCGCAAUGCAUUGGCUCAUACCACUACUCCCUGCCGCCGCUCUAUUCUGGCAACAGGCCGCCAGCGACCCAACGCCGAAAUAUAAUCCUCUCCCGCCUCUCCGCGAGCAAGCCCGCAUCCAGGAUGCCUGGACCGAUGAGCGCAAGGCGGGCAUCCCCGCCCUCCUCAAGAAGCACGGCGUCGACGCCUGGCUGAUAAGCCAACGGGAGUACGCCGAAGAAACAGUCUUUUGGUCCCUCAAACCGGCAUCAACCUUCUCCGCCCGCCGCCGCACAACAUGCCUCUUCCUCGCUGAACCCAUCGCCUCCACCAACUCCUCUGACGGCACCAGCACCGCCAUGCUCCCACAGCAACCCGGCUGCAUCAUAGGCUGGACCGCAGACGUCUGGGCGACGCUCAAAUCCCAGCUCGAGGCCGCGAACCCAGCCACCAUCGCCGUCAACGCGCACCCGGAAAUCGCCUUCGCCAGCGGCCUGCACGCGGGCGAGUACCAGGCCAUGGCCUCCGGGCUGGGCGGCGAGUGGACCUCGCGCAUGGUCGUCAAGCCCGAGAUCGCCGUCGAGUUCAUCUCGGCCCAGCCCGCGUCCAAGAUGCCGCGGUACAGGGAGAUCAUGGAGACGGCGUGGGCGAUGAUUGCCAAGGGGUUCAGCGAGGCGGUGGUCGUGCCGGGGAAGACGACGACGGGGGAUCUGGAGUGGUGGUUCCGGGAGGAGAUUCUGGCGCACAACUUCUCGACGUGGUUCCAGCCGAGUGUGAGCGUCGUCGAUGAGGCGCUGCCUUGGACUAUGAGAUUGGAGACGACUGCUGAUGAAGGUGCGGGAGGGAGGAUCAUUCAGUAUGGCGACAUGCUCCAUGUCGAUUUUGGGUUGACGGCUAUGGGGCUGAACACGGAUACGCAGCAUCUCGGAUACGUGCUUCGCCCUGGCGAGACUGACGUGCCUCAAGAUCUGAAGGACGGCUUGAAGAAGGGUAACAAGCUUCAGGAUAUCGUGAGGCGAAACAUUGCUGUCGGCAAGACGGGUAAUGAGAUGCUCAAGGCGUCGCUGGGAGAGAUGCACGCCGAGGGCAUUGAUGGACGGGUCUAUUCGCACCCAAUUGGGGACUGGGGACAUUCUGCUGGUCCUCUUAUCGGAAUGACCAAUAUGCAAGAGUACGUCUCGGCGGCUGGCGAAUUAGCUGCCAUCCGUAGUAUGUGGUUCAGCGUAGAGCUUCUCGUCGAGCAUUACGUACCCUCGAGGAAUACGACCCUUUGGUUUGCCCUGGAGGAGGACGUGUACUGGGCUGGCGAGGAAGAGGGAUGGCAAUGGGUCUACGGCCGACAGGAGGAGUUCCAUCUCGUGAAGGCGGCGAAGCAGCAACAGACGUCAGAGGAGUUGUGAGAUGAGUCACUUAUUCGUUCAACUUGUGUCACUUCACGUCGUACAGGACAAUGCAAAGAAAGAGAGGACUGUUCGCUGACAAACCGAAAAAGGGGAAUCUCAUCAUGAAUUUGCUUUUAAUGCCCGUUAUUUACAACACAUCCCAGUUUCCAACCAGCUUACGCCUUGCCAUUCUCCCUCUUAAUGGGAGGCAGCAGGCUCUUUGUCAUCUGUCUUGCGUGCUGCGCCAUGAGCGCGUCCAGGAGGACGAUCGCCGCCAUACCUUCAACGAUGGGGAUGGCACGGGGGACGACACAAGGGUCGUGACGGCCCUUGGCGGCCAGCACGCCCUCCUCUGAACCGUCGUAGGUCGCCGUCGUCUGGUCCACGCCGAUGGUCGCGGGGGGCUUGAAGGCGACGCGGAAGUAGAUGGGCGCACCGUUGGAGAUGCCGCCCUGGAUACCACCAGAGUAGUUGGUCUUGGUGGUCAACUUGGACCGGGGGAUACCCAUGCGCUGGGCGUCGGCCUGGAGCUCCGACUCGGGUGCCUUGAUGAAGGCGUCGUUGUGCUGGGAACCCGGGAUCUCACAGCCGCCAAAGCCGGAGCCGAUCUCGAAGCCCUUUGUGGCGGGGAUGCUGAGCAUAGCGUGUGCAAGCGAGGCCUCGAGCUUGUCGAAGCAGGGCUCGCCGAGCGCCGAGGGUGGGUUGCGGAUGACGCAGGUGACGGUUCCGCCAAUGCUAUCGUCGCGCGCCUUGUAGUCACUGAUGAGGUCAAUCAUCUUCUCGUUGGUCUCCUCGUGCGGGCAGCGGACGGGGAGGAACUGGUCGACGGUCUUGCGGUCGACGGUGUUGAGGAGCGAGAGGAAGGCAGGGUUCGUCGAGGGGCUCGGGUGCUCGGGGGUCGGGGGGAAGAGGUGGCAGUUGCCGACGCUCGUGGUGAAGGCGGUGAUCUCGGUACCGUAGGCUUCGCGCAGGUACUUCUCAGCGAGGGCGCCGGCGGCAACGCGGGCAAUUGUCUCGCGGGCGGAGGAGCGACCACCGCCGGAGGAGGCCUUGACGCCGUACUUCUCGAGGUAGGUCCAAUCGGCGUGGGACGGGCGGGGGAACAUAUCCAUCGUAGAGUUGCCGUAGUCCUUGGGACGUUGGUCCUCGUUCUGGACGAGCAUGCCAAUCGGGGUGCCAAGGGUGACACCGAACUCGGUACCGCUCUGGAUGACGACACGGUCCUUCUCGUUUCUGGGCGUCGUGAUUGAGCUCUGGCCGGGGCGGCGGCGGUUCAGCUGAGGCUGGAUAUCGGACUCGGUCAGAGCCAUGCCGGGCGGGACGCCAUCGACAAUGACGCCGACGGACUUGCCGUGGGACUCGCCGUAGCUGCGCAGAGGGGCAUCUUAUGUUAGUCCACGAUUGGCCACGAGAGACGGACAGGAGGAAUUGGGUCGGAAGAAGCGACGCACGUUGUGACCUUGAAGUAAUUGCCGAACGUUGACAUUUUUGCUACCGCUAUAAAGGGGGUAAAGUUGGAGUGUGGAAAACGAGAGGAGGGGAGAGCGGUAUGUAAGUUUGGAAAAU